AUGGAUAAAAGUUGGAUGAAACAUAAGAAUAAGUUUAGUUCUGAAUAUAUUCAAGGAGUUCGUAACUUUUUAGAUGUUGCAAAAGUUCAAGCUGACUGUAAUGGAAGAAUUCGAUGUCCUUGCAAACGGUGUAAUAAUUGUUACUUUAAAUCGGUAACAAAUGUUCGACGAGAUCUGUUUCAAAAUGGCAUUCUUGAAGAUUAUACUACAUGGGUACACCAUGGUGAGACUUCUCAGGUUGAUAAUACUAAUGAUGACAUCCAUAAUCAAGUAGAAGACCAGCAUGAUGAAAUUUCAGAAAUGCUAAUUGACAUGCAAAAUUCAGCUUUUGUAGAAAAUAAUAUGGAUCAGAACAACACCAGCCAUAACACAAGUAUGCCUGAAAAGGAGAUGGGAAAAUUUGCAAAAUUGUUUAAUGAUGCAGAAUGCAAGUUAUAUCCAAGCAGCAAGAAAUAUUCGAAGUUGUCAUUUCUUGUCAAGAUGAUGUACAAUAAAAUAAUUACUAACUCUAGCAUCAAGUCUUUUAGUCUAAACUUAGAAUUGUUCAAGGAUGCUCUUCCAGAAGGGGAAACACUUCCUAAAUCUUACUAUGAGGUGAAAAAGUUAAUGCGUGAUUUGGGUCUUGGCUAUAUCACCAUAGAUGCAUGUGUGAAUGAUUGCAUACUAUAUUGGAAAGAGCAUAAGGAUCUCGACAAAUGUCCAAAUCCUAAUUGUGGAGCCCCUAGGUGGAAACUCAGUUUGGGUAAAAGAAAAAAAAUUGCACAAAAGAUACUAAGAUAUUUUCCAUUAAAACCUAGACUUCAACGAUUAUUUAUGUCUAAAGAAAGCUCUAGAGAUAUGAGAUGGCAUGAAGAAAAAAGACAAAAGGACGAUACACUUAGGCAUCCAGCUGAUGCUGAGUCAUGGGGGGAAUUUGAUAAGGAACAUGAUUGGUUUGCCAAAGACUCUCGUAAUGUACGACUUGGACUUGCAAGUGAUGGAUUUAACCCAUUUGGGAACAUGAGCACUAGUUAUAGUAUGUGGCCAGUUAUUUUAACACCUUAUAAUCUGCCUCCAUGGAAGUGUAUGAAGGAACCUUAUUUAUUCUUAUCCUUGCUCAUUCCAGGUAAAGAUUCUCCUAACAAUAAUAUUGAUGUGUACUUGAGACCAUUAAUAGAUGAAUUGAAUGAAUUAUGGAAAGAUGGUAUUGAGACAUUUGAUGCAUAUGCUAAUGAGCAAUUUAGAUUACAUGCCGCUUUGUUAUGGACCAUAAAUGAUUUUCCAGCAUAUGCAAUAGUAUCAUCUUAUUCUAACUCAUUUAAACUAAUCAUAUGCCAUGAAAAUUGUGUGAAAUUUCUAUAUGACAAUUAA